UGCUGCGAGAGGAGCUGUCGGCAGUGAGAUCAUGGGAGAGUCCACGCUUGGAGAAAGUAGGUUAGCAGGGUAGACUGAGAGGAAAGCAAGCGGAGAGUCAGAGCGCAGAGGGGGGUGUCGAACACCUCUCGUCCACCGUGGGACUAUUCUGUCAAAAAAAAAAAAAAGUUGAGCCAAAUCUAUUCGCCGAGACGAUGCGAUCCAAAGCGACUUUCUUCACUUUUUUAUUUCGCUCGGACUUGACCGAGCGAUAGAAGAGAGAGGAGUUUCGGUUAGUUUUUUCCCCUUUUUUUCUCGUUGGUCGUGCUUUACGAGAGCCGUCUGCAGCCGGGACGAAGUUAAUAUUUACAGAGCCAGCUCACUCUGGCUCCGCAUUAUUCUCCUCUGUUCUGUCACCUGUAUUCAUCACAUGUAGCCGAGUUUAUAUCGUCCAGCCCAGAAAAAAGACAACAUCAAAAUGCGAGCUCAGAUCGAGGUCAUCCCCUGUAAGAUCUGUGGGGACAAGUCCUCAGGAAUCCACUACGGAGUCAUCACCUGCGAAGGCUGCAAGGGUUUCUUUCGUCGCAGCCAGCAGAACAACGCCAUGUACUCUUGUUCCCGCCAGAGGAACUGCCUGAUUGACCGAACUAACCGUAACCGCUGCCAGCACUGCCGCCUACAGAAGUGUCUGGCUUUGGGCAUGAGCAGAGAUGCGGUAAAGUUUGGUCGCAUGUCUAAGAAGCAGCGUGACAGCCUCUAUGCUGAGGUGCAAAAACACCAAAAGUCCCAGGAGUGCGUUGGCUCCGGAGGCGGGGGCACUACAGCUCUGUCCAUACCCAAGGAGGAAGGUGUCUGUGGUGGUGGCGGAGAGGAUGGCGAAGAGGGUCUGAGCCGGUCCUACAGCACUGGGGGCUCCAGCUCCACCCUCAGCGACUUGGACGACAUUGCGGCACUGCCUGACCUGUUUGACCUGCCUCUGACCCCCGAGGAGGCCAGCGAGUACUGCAGCCUGGAGCUGCUCGGCGGAGGAACCAGCACUGGGAACACCUCCAACUCAUCGUCCUCUUCUUCGUCUUCCUCAUCCUUGUCCAAUCAGAAUUCCCCGCAGCAGACUAUACUGGAUGCGACAGACGGCAACGGGAUCCAGCUCCUGCACACACACUCCCACACGCGUCCGCUGCUGGGACACACACAUGCACUGCUGGACCAACUGCCCGAUGACUGCUCAAUAACAGACCUCGAGCGCAUCACUCAGAGUAUUGUUAAGUCUCACUUGGAGACGUGUCAGUUCAGCGCUGAGGACAUGAAGAGGUUUACCUGGGUGCAAUACACACCUGAAGAAACACGUGCUUUUCAGAGCAAGUCAGCUGAGUGGAUGUGGCAGCAGUGUGCACACCACAUCACCAAUGCCAUUCAGUAUGUGGUGGAGUUUGCCAAACGCAUCGCUGGCUUCAUGGACCUGUGCCAGAAUGAUCAGAUCAUAUUACUGAAAGCAGGCUGCCUGGAAGUCCUGCUGAUACGUAUGUGUCGCGCUUUCAACGUCAACAACAGCACAAUUUUCUUCAAUGGAAAGUUUGCCCCAGCUCACUUCUUCAAAGCACUUGGUUGUGACGACCUAGUCAGUGCAGUGUUUGACCUGGGAAAAGGUCUCUGCCGUCUACAGCUGUCUGAUGAAGAGAUUGCUCUGUUUAGCGCUGCCGUCCUUCUAUCUCCUGAUCGACCCUGGCUAACAGAAGGCCAAAAGGUUCAGAAACUCCAGGAGAAAGUCUACCUGGCCUUGCAGCACAGCCUACAUAAGAGUGCUGCCUCUGACGAGAAACUGGACAAGAUGUUGUCCAAGCUGCCCAUAAUGAAGUCUAUCUGUAACCUCCACAUUGACAAACUCGAGUUUUUCCGUUUGGUCCACCCAGAGACUGCCUACAGUUUCCCACCACUGUAUCGGGAAGUGUUUGGCAGCGAGAUGUCUCUGCCAGACUCCACCGGCAGCUAGACAGACAGAUGGACAAAUGAGAGUGAUGGAGAGAGUGUAUUAAGAGGUAGGGAAGCAAGAGGAGAGACAGAGUAGGAUAGAGAUAUUAAAGCUCAACAACCAGCAGUUAAAGAGACAAUCCAGGACUUUAAAUACUCCGUCUCCCACGAUCCCAAAGUAUUCCUCCACUUUCCCAGCAGGCAAAAGCACCUUACACUACAGACCGCAAAUGCUCAUGGUCCUCUGCACAUUGUAGCAUUAACAACAAGCAAAUGGGCAUCACAAGAAUAACACAGUGGCCCACUAAUCACACGACAGGUCCAAGCUCUAACAUGUGUCGAACAUAAGAUCCUCUGUGGAUCACCGAACCAGUUGAAUGAAUGUACCUCAUCGAUAAGCACCGGUGCACAAACCAGAACCCAACAGUGAAUGUACAACCCCAAUACUCUGAGACACAGUUUUACACUUAGUUCAAAAAUGAUGUCGUGUUGUCAGGUCUCACUAUUAAUACAGUUCUCAGUCAAUGUUUUCUCUAUAUUAAUACAUCUCAGUAUGGUACACGUGUGUAUUCAUACAGACAGUAUCUUUGUACUGACCAUUGCUUAGGGACCAAGAUCAUGAAUCAUCUUCUCGGAUAUAAAAAGAAAUACACAGAUGCGAUAUAACUCACGGCUUAGGCUGACCUCCUUAAUCAUCUUUUAGACAGUGUUCGGUGCUGCCUCUUUGUAGGCUCUUGUAAUGCAAUGAAAAACCUCAGUCCCACACACCCCUUUCCUUGUAAAUGCCACUUAGAGACAGGAUAAGAAGAAAUUAUCUUUAAUUUAUAUACACAUUUAUAAACAAAUAUUUUAAAUGAGAAUGUAAAUAGAUGACUGUAUAAGUAUAUGAAGAGAGCUAGAAUGUGUGAGAGAAGGGGAGAGAAAAGUGGAUAGUAAGAUGUAGAGGGAGGGUGGGAGGGCGGUGGAUACUUAAACAACGAAGACAUUUAGACUCAGAUCUUUUUCUGGACCAUUUCCUCUCUUGACAGUACUCUCAGGUUUCCAUGGCAACAACCCCCUCUUGCCCCUGACGGCAAACUGGGUUAGGUGCGGCCAUCACGCAAGCGAUGGGAUGGACACUCGUUGCAGACGUGACACAGCAGGGGAGGCAGCGCACCCAAACAAAGGUGACAUGGCAUUACCUUUGUCCUGCAUUUAAACUGAAAGCUUUCAGCCUGCGCUGUUGCUGCCUUCCCCCCGCCUAAAGAGACAAGAGGACACUAAAGAAAAGGAAAAGCAAGGCAAAUAGGACUUCAUGAACUGUAUAUUAGAAGGGGAUACACAGGGUCUCCCCAUCUGUUCCUAACCAGCAGUCCGUACAGUAGGUGUGGUAUAAUUGUCUUUCACUCAUGUCUCAGUUGGCCAGAAUGAUGAUGAUCCAUAAUAUGUAUCAUAAACCCUCCUCGCUGGUUGGAGCAACUGUAUUAUUUUGUACAUUUGCUGUUCCUCUCUCCUGUAGUCCCAAACCCAACACUUGUCUGAAUACCAAGCACUUAAACUUUCCUCUUUCUCACUGGACACAAGUCUAAGGCCAGACAGAGCUAGCAGCUGUCCCCCUGAGUUGGGCUUCAGUGCCAGUAAGACCUAAUAGUUUUCAGUCAAUCUGUUUAAUUUUUUUAUUAUUAUUCCAUAUAUAUCAUACAAGGUUAUGCAUAACUGUUUGCAUUUGUCAUGUAUAUGAUUAACACACUUUCUGAAGGUUGUUAUAGCAUUGAGAUAAUGAUGAUGAUAAUGUCUUACGUGGGGUGCUGUGAAGUUUUUGAGCAGAGUCUGAGGACCUGCUGCCUGCUGCUCAGGGAGCUAGCUGUGAUCUCUUGUCCCUUUAUUACCAGUGUCGUAUUUUAGCCUUGUGCUCCUCACAACCUUUGCACCUAAGAUGAGACCCAUAACAAUAAUCACUGUGGACGUAAGUUCUAUUUUUGUGAAUGUUACUCACAAAGUGUCAAAGCCCUUCCCGUUUGUCCUAAUAUUGUAACAUUAAAUUUAUGAGACAUAGGAAUUUUUUUAAAAAAGAAAAUGAAUCAGUUAGAAUUAAAGAUGAAUUUCAUUAUUGGGGAAUAAUGUUUCUUUUGCUGUGAUUUUGAUUUAUUUGUCAGUCUUUUAUCCACCUUUUUCUUUACAUGUCUCCACUUUUGUCUUGUAAAGUCAGUGAUCUUUUUUUAUGAAGAAAGAUUAGCAAAAGUACAAACAAAAAAAGAUUAGUUUGUCUCCCUUCUCUUUCCCUGUAUGACAAAAUGUACAAGAGGUAUAUUACUAGUUCAAGAGUAACUGAGUCACACAGUGCGAUAUACAUUGUUGUCUGAUGGGAUACAUUAUAUGUGGUUUUAAGAAUGUAAUAAAUGGUUUCUUUUUCUUUUGA